AUGUGCAACCCAGCGUCAGUCAGCCUGGUCAGUCUCUUUAUCUGCAGUCCCUCACUCAGUGCAGCCUACUUCGGCCAUCCUGUUCCAGCUGCUGUGUGGUUGUGUCCGUCCAGUGCCACCUGCUGCAGACCAGCGAGGGCCCCCCUGCUCCCAGCAUUUGCCAUCAUGGCCACUUUGCUGGCGAAAACUUCGAGUCGCUUCACUGUGAAGCUUCUCACGGCGCUGCUGGCGGCGACUCUUCUGCUGCCGUCAACAAAUGCAGCGACGUACCCCAACUGUCCGCUGACCGGCAAACCACCGACAACGCCAACAGUGCCUCCCACGCGGUGUGUGGUAGCGUCGAACUUAACGUGCUGCGCCGCUUGCUCCGACAUUAAUUUCGCCGUUCAGGCGCUCGCCGUUAACGUAACUGCCGCCGUGGAAGCCGCUGCGGGGGGGAUCAUCGACGUCUCGACCGUGCCGAAUAGCAUCUGUCCUAUCAUGAAGGGUCAUGAGAUGUGUGAGCGGCUCGUCGAGCAACUCGCCUGCGCAGUGCAGUGCAACCCCGAUUCUGGCAACUACCUGACCGGCAAGCCCGGCAAGUACAUGCUGCAGAUCUGCACGGACCACGCCCAGGCCAUCUACGACGCCUGCUCCUCGCUGGAAGUGGCGGGGUUCGUAGUGAGCGACGCGUUUGUGACGCCUGAGGACAUCAUCCAACAGCUGCUCGUGCCGCUCGUCGCGCAGCAGAUCCCCGGCUUCAACGCCACCGUCACCGACACGGCGUGCUACUCGGGUCCCACAGUGAUCCCAGUCACCCCGCUCUGCUGCGACCCGCUCAACAUCCCCGCGACCUGCCCGCCCGGCGCGGUCAACAUGACGGCAGCAAAGAAUUUCUGCCAGGGCGCGCUCCCCUCUGCUGCCAUGCGCCGCAUUGGCUCCCCCUGGUCGCCCAUCCUCGUUAGAAGAACACUCGCCGAGGUGGCAGGCACGUUGGAGACGGCACAGCUGGCACUGGAGUAUGGCCUUGCAUGCAGCACAGCAGGAGGCACGCACCAUGCGUUUCGGGGCCAUGGAUCAGGCUACUGCAUUCUGAACGACCUUGCUGUCACAGCCGCUGCCCUCACUGCCUCAACUGCACUCCCCACGCCACCCACUUUGCCACCAAGCCCGCCGCCACUAGUAGCAGCAGCAGCAACGCCGCCAACACAAGAAGCAACAAAGCAGUCACAAUCGCAAUCCCAAUCACUGCCGCUGGUGUUACCCGCAUCGCCAUCAGCAGCAAGCGCAGCUUGUGAGGGCGAGGAGGAGCAGGAGGACGUGUGGCGAGAGCUGCUGGAGGGAGCAGAGGGUGAGGAGGAGGGCGAGAGGGCAGCGAUGAAGAGAGUGCAGCGUGUGGCGAUAGUCGACCUGGACGUGCACCAGGGCGAUGGCACAGCAGCCAUACUGUCGACAUGCCCCAGCGUGUUCACCUUCAGCAUGCACUGUGGCGCCAACUUCCCUGCCGUCAAGCAGAGCAGCGACCUGGAUGUGGACGUACCAGAGGGCGCUGGGGACGCUCAGUACCUUGCCCUGCUCGCUGACCACCUCCCUUCGGUACUCGCAUCAUUCCGCCCUGACCUCGUGCUAUACGACGCUGGAGUUGACCCUCACGAGGGUGAUGCUCUCGGCAAGUAUGUGACCAGGUUCCUUCAGUUGACCCUCACACACAAGGACGAUGCUCUCGGCAAGCUCUGCCUCACUGAUCAGGGCCUGUUUCGCAGAGACAUGCAGGUGAUCGACACGUGUGUGGGCAUGGGGAUCCCAGUGGCAGCAUACGUGGGGGGCGGGUACCACAGAGAUAUUCAG